AUGGCGCUCGCUUGUAUUCGAACCGCUAAAACUAACUUCCUAGCUUUACCAUUUUUAGUCUCCACUGCUAGGGUAGAAUUAACUCGAAAAAUCUCCAAGAUGGCUAGGAGCUGUAAGGCCGGAAGAAAUAAGAGGAGAGAAGUGAAGGUAGGUCUAAAGUUCUCCAUACAAAUUUGCACUUCGCACGUGUUCUGACCAAAAUUGGUUUUUCCUUUUUAUGGUAUGUAUUUUUCAUUGAGAAAUCUCGCUCUUAAUGAUUUUCAAAACUUUUUUUUACGGAGUACGGUUGUAAGCCCUUUACCAAAGCCCAAAUCUUGAGGACUCCAAGGAGACACCAGGUCUCAAAUAUUGAUUAAUUGAUUGGGAAGAAAUGAUAGAUGACAUCAUUUCGCACGGCAAAUGACGUCAUUCGUGCCAAAAAUGCUUGUUGAUUCCGAUUGACAUACAUAGCACAUAAACAGUUCAUAUUUAGCCACAUUAUUGCUUAAAUUACAGUGGCAUAACAUGGGGAAAUGUUCCUCGUUAACAGUAGCUUAAACAACGAAUAAUAUUUGAAAUUUUAUGGUCAGAAAGUCGAGUCUACAAGAAAUAGCAACAUGGGCGAUUAUCAGGGAGAUCUCAGACUCUAAUCUGGAGACUGGGAGAUACGGUCCAAAAUCUGGAGUCUCUCGGAUUAUCCGGGAGAGUGGACAGCACUAAGAUGCUUUUUCAGAGAUGCCAACCUCCAGUGAUCUAAAAUCUGGAGACUCUCUAUUCUCUACUCUCUAUCUACAAAUUGACCCAGCUGCCAUGGCCUAGGACAUUAUAUGAAGUCUUACAUGAAGUACAUGCUAUCAAAAUUUGCUUUCGUCAUUAUAUAAAGGAAGACAUAAUCUUUCUCAGUGGAUAUGUGCAAAAAUGUCCCAGAAACUGUACAAUGAAUAAAAAAAAGUUUGAAUUUUGAGAAAAAAUGGCCUAAAUUGCAAACUAAAGUGCAGAAAAGCUCUAAAGUCCAUUUUACCUGGGAGAUUUGGUGACCUGCAUGGAAGAGCGGGAGAUCAAUGCCAUAUCUGAGAGACUUCCGGAUAAUCUGGGAAAGUUGGCAUAUGUGGAUAUCUUUCUGUCCGGUAAAGGUCCAGCAAGUGAGUGCACAAGAAAGGUUCACAAUCUGGGUCACUGAAACACAUACCAGUCAUAAUUAUAGUCUGAGACUCUCAGGGUAUAAAGCUUAAGUAUGAAUAAGUCCAGCGGACACAAAACUGGGAAUAAUGAUACUAUCUUUUUCAUUUUAGAAGGCCUUAAAAAACAAGCCCUAAUUCCUCACUCCGCAAAUGAUUGUGGACUGAGUGAGUCCACACACUCCACAAAAAAAACCUCCACAAAUCAGGGGAAUGGGUAAGUUUUGGGUGGACAAGGAUUACUUAUGAUGGAUUAAUGGUUGCCUUGGAUACCAUCAACCAAUCAUAGCUAAUGCUUGACCAUCCAAAUGAUCCCAGAAAUCUUUGCACCAAAAGCUUGUACCCAUUCCCCUUUAUAGUUUCUGGAGUGGGGAAUAGAUGCUUUUGUUAUCAAGUGGUAUGAAAAUAAGACAAUAGUGACCCUGCAUUUUUAGGUUAGCUCAUCAUUGUGAAAAUUUUCUUCAUCCGCGGUCUUGGGUAGCCUGAGAUAACAGCUGCUGCUUCGCAAUGUGGUGUCACCAUAAAAUGUUGGCUGUUUUCUCAGGCUAGGGCUUGGGCUAUCUGAACCCUUUAAGUGCCAAGAUUCACAUACAAAUUCUCGAAACUGGUCUCUAUACAUGUUCUUAAAGAAUUAGUUGAGAGAAUUUGAUAAAGGAUCAAGGCAUUUUCUCUUUGGUGAUCAUUUUAUUAAUUCUCCUAACCUUAUCUCUUGACAAUGUUUGGAUGUCGUUAGGAGAAAAUUGAUGUUGAUCACUAUUGGGACUUAAAGGGUUAAGUACAAUGUGUGAAAAUCUUUAUGUCGUACCUCAUGUCCUUCACUGUACUCCACUUACAAUAAAUUAUUUAAUCUGUUUAUGGGGCAGAACCUUACUAGCAAAGCUCUGCAUGCCAAAGGCACAUGUUGACGGUCACCAUGGGUAAGAAAUUCCAGUUAUCAUGUGACUAUUUAGCCCAUCAAUGUUUACCACCACAUGUAAACCAAUGUGAAAUGUCAGACUUACCUACAUAAAGAGGAGGACGAUAUGCUGAAUACUUUUUAUAAUGCAAUGUAUGCCACUGAAUACACCAUCAAUAGCCAAGUCACUUAAUAGCUGUCAAAGUGGGAGUGUAUGUGUUGUAGUUAAUUUUUUAUCCCAGGUAAUUAUUGUAUGCUAAUGAAGUUGAAACAAAGAAAAAUAAAAAUUACCUGGGAUAAAAAGAUUAAAAGGUUAAAAUUGAUUGCAGGUUAUUAAAUUUCAAUUGAUUCUCAAUUUUCUUUGUCUUUUAGUCCUUCAUGAAUAAUAAUAAUAUUUUCCUUUUCUCAAAGGAAAUUGAGAAUCAAUCUACGUUGAAAAAAUAAAUUAAUUUUGACAUGAAUUAAAUUUUGACCUAUACUGUAUAACAUAAGCUAAGCAGUAGCACUUGAUGGUGUUAAGAGACCAGGUCCAUUCCAUGUUUUUUAUUGCCCAUUUUAUAUUUUGUUGAAUCAUGGGCUCAAGCUUCUGAUUUUUAUUGCAUUGGAAGAAAUGGUAGGAAAUUCUUUGCUGUGGUUUAAAGAUUAUUUUUUGUUUCAGGUGAAUGGUUGGUGCAUGUAUUUUAAGGAAGUUCUACUUUUAUGCUUUUCUAAAUCUAUAGUAAUAAAGAACCUUUUUAAUAAGAAAUACAUGCUUUUCUUUUUCAUUCUUUGAUGCUUACUUAUUCUCUUACAACGAUUUCUGAAAACAGAAGACUCUCAAGUUUUUUGCAAAACUACGCAUUAAACUACGCAUCCGUUGAAAACUUUAAAACUCUUUGAAUUUAUCAGACCUCUUGGGAAACAGCUGUCAAAUUUAUGAAUGUUUUUGGUGCGUUUGCAAAAAAAACUUGAGAAUCUUUUGUUUUCAGAAAUUGUUGUGAUUGGACAGUCUUCUUCCAAGUGGCCUGGUUCAGGUAGUCACACUCUAAUGGGGUUCCAUUCUGUGUAGUUUUCAUUUGAACCUGUUUGAUGCAAGCGAUGCAUUAUAUAAACUUUAGCUUUAUACNGUCCUUCAUGAAUAAUAAUAAUAUUUUCCUUUUCUCAAAGGAAAUUGAGAAUCAAUCUACGUUGAAAAAAUAAAUUAAUUUUGACAUGAAUUAAAUUUUGACCUAUACUGUAUAACAUAAGCUAAGCAGUAGCACUUGAUGGUGUUAAGAGACCAGGUCCAUUCCAUGUUUUUUAUUGCCCAUUUUAUAUUUUGUUGAAUCAUGGGCUCAAGCUUCUGAUUUUUAUUGCAUUGGAAGAAAUGGUAGGAAAUUCUUUGCUGUGGUUUAAAGAUUAUUUUUUGUUUCAGGUGAAUGGUUGGUGCAUGUAUUUUAAGGAAGUUCUACUUUUAUGCUUUUCUAAAUCUAUAGUAAUAAAGAACCUUUUUAAUAAGAAAUACAUGCUUUUCUUUUUCAUUCUUUGAUGCUUACUUAUUCUCUUACAACGAUUUCUGAAAACAGAAGACUCUCAAGUUUUUUGCAAAACUACGCAUUAAACUACGCAUCCGUUGAAAACUUUAAAACUCUUUGAAUUUAUCAGACCUCUUGGGAAACAGCUGUCAAAUUUAUGAAUGUUUUUGGUGCGUUUGCAAAAAAAACUUGAGAAUCUUUUGUUUUCAGAAAUUGUUGUGAUUGGACAGUCUUCUUCCAAGUGGCCUGGUUCAGGUAGUCACACUCUAAUGGGGUUCCAUUCUGUGUAGUUUUCAUUUGAACCUGUUUGAUGCAAGCGAUGCAUUAUAUAAACUUUAGCUUUAUACACUUUACAUCUUGUUCAACUGUGUCCUUUUACUAUUGAUGCCAUCUUCAGCCCAUUAUCACUUACAUUUCUCUGCUGCUCUUCAGUCCAACAGAACAAUAGGAAGCUUUUUCUUACCUAGAACACUUCUAAAAGCCCACAUUUUUUUUCUCUUUAGCCAAAUCCGAGAAAGCUCAUGAUAGCUGAUCAAGUCAGGGAAGUGUUUGAUUCCAAUAACAUGGUUGUUGUAUGUCACUUCAGUGAUUUGAAUACUCAAGAAUGGGAAGAAUUACGCUUCAAUCUCGGUAAAGAUGAAAUAACGGUCAAGAUGUUCCCCAACAGAGUUUCAUGCAAAGCUUUAGAAAAUACAAAGUACUGUGAAAUAACUCCAUUAUUUUUGGCAUCUACAUUUGUCACUUACUCCAAAGAAGCUAAGGUGAAGCCAUUGCUGUCAGCAGUGAAGAAACAGCCUAAAGUGGAGUUAUUAGGGGGUAAAAUUGAUAAUCAGCUUUGGUCAAGAAAGUCUGUGGUGGAUUAUUCUAAGUUGCCAUCAUUAACAGAGCUUCAUGGCCAGCUACUACAUAUGUUAUCUGAGCCUUCUAGAAGACUUACAACCCUUCUUGGGCAAAACCAAACUAACCUAGCUGAGAAUUUG